AUGGAACUGGAAUUGGAACUUAAGCUUACAAGAGUUGCAGAUGAAUUCAGCUCAGCAGAUUUCCUGCUUGCCAAAGAUCGAGCAGGCCCUCUUUUUAUUUCUACAGAAUCAGAUACAAUGUUUAUCCUCACAGCCCAUCUCAAAGGGUACAAGAAACAGGAUAUUGAGAUUGAGAUCAAUGAAGAUGGAACAAGGAUUAUAAUAAAGGGUGAAAAGUUGGUCCAGGAGACUGUUAUGUUGGGAUGGAAACUGCAGAAGAAGGAAACCGAAAAGAGGGAGUUCAGGAAGGCUUUCAAGAUCCCUGAUGGGGUGAUUUUGGAUAAAAUCAAAGCCAGGUUUGAUGAUGACGAGUGUAAGUUAACAAUUUCGAUGCCGAAGAAAGAAAAAGGGAUUCGAGGGGUCAGCAUUCAGGAAGUGAAUGAACCGGAGAUUGAUAGACAAGGCUCAGAAACUUUGCAGAUCGUGCCUGAUAAGUUUCCAGAAGAACAAGAUUUGCAGCCUGAGAAACUAAAAGGGAAAGAGGAAGAAUCUGUGCAAGAGGAGAAUUCAACCCAAGUGCCUGAAACGAUUGGUGCUCAAGAGACUGUUGAAACUGGAUCAGAUGUUGUGAAUCCACAAGAAACUCAGAUGUCAGAUCAAAACGACCAGAAUGGUAGUCCACAGAAAGAAUCAUCAGGGCAUGACCAUGUAGAGUCAGAUACAAUCAAAGAAAUGAAAAACAUUGCCAACGAAAUAAGAGAAGAAGCAAAAACCCCUAUUCUUGUUGAUCAAGAGGCCAUCAAAGAAUCUUCUAAGUUUGAAACUGGGAUGCAGGGAGAAACGAGCCAAAGUAAUGAAGAAAAAUUGCAAGGGGAGCAUGACCAAUGUCCGCCUUUGGAACAGGAGAUCAACAAAAAUCAGCUUAAUGAGCAUCAAGUAAAUGAAGACAAUGUCGAAGAAGACGACAAAGAGGAUGAAUCUGCAUAUGGUAGACAUACUGAUGAGGCUCAACUUCAAGAAGCCUUUGUCGUUCAUUACAUCCGAACAAAAAACCAACCAGGAAAGAGAAGGGAUUAG